AUGGGAAAAAAGAGAAAGUCGAAGCCUAUGAGGCCAUGGUGCUGGUAUUGUGAGAAGGAUUUUGAAGACGACAAAGUUCUAGUGACACAUCAAAGAGCUAAACAUUUCAAAUGUGAAGAGUGUAAUAAGAAGCUAACUACUGCCGGAGGUAUGGUUGUGCAUUCUCAUCAAGUCCAUAAAAUCGACAUCUACAAAGUUCCUAACGCUUUACCUGGACGAGACAAGCUGGAUAUCGAGAUUUUUGGCAUGGAAGGCAUCCCUGAAGAAGAUAUGAUUGCUCACGAAGCUAGAAUAUCAGGAAAUCACGGCAACAAAAAGUCAAAAGCAAGCGGUUCAGGACAUUAUGGCGAGUUAACAUUAGAGCAGAUCCAAGCACAAAUGGCAGCACAUAAAGCCGCCGCCGCCGCCGCGGCUGCUGCUGUCUCAUCAGCUGAAACGACACCAACAAACACGGCUUCACCUGUCAUUACAGCUCCUGCCGUCAUCCAACAGCCUCCACAAUUACAACAGCAGCCACCACCACAACAGUAUUACAAUUACAACGCUUAUUACGGACAGCCUGCUGCGGGUGGCUAUGGCCAAUAUUACCCUCCUCCUCCAAAUGGGUAUAAUGCACCGCCUUUGCCAGGUGGACCAGUGCCACCACAAAACUAUGGAUAUGCAGCUCCUCCUCCAAAUGCUGGAUAUCCUGGUCAAUGGGGCUAUCAAGGAUAUCCUCCUGGUCCACCGGGGCCAAUGCCUCCUGUUCCUCCUCCUCAUCCUAUGGGUGCUGGUGCGCCUCCUAUGCCAAUGCCAACAGCUACAUCAGUACCGCCUCCAGUUAAUACAGACUACGUUCCAGCUGCUGCCACUGCACCACCUCAACCAGCUGCUGUAGCUCCAGUGCCUGCAACUACACCUCCUCAACAACCUUUCUCUGCAGCUCAGUCACCACCACAGCCUCACAUCUCUGAGAACCCAAUGACACCGCCUUUAGCUGCUCCUACAAGCACAACAUCAGCCAUUACACCCAGUGGUAAAAAGAAGCCGUCAAAGGUAGUUUUAAUCUACAACAAUAAUGAGAUAUCACCAGAGGAACAACGUGCUCGGUUAGAAAAGCAUCAGGUUUUUUAA